CGGCCGCGGCGGUGCUGGAAGUGUGGGGAGGCGCGGGCGGGUCGCGGCGGGCCGGAGCGGGGCCGAGCCGGAGCCGGGCCGUCCCGGCCGUCUUUUGUUGCCUCGGUCGCCGCCGAGCCCUCGCCCGACAGCAGCGGCGGGCCCCGUCGGCGGGGCGGGCGGGCAGGAUGUCCCAGGAGAACCUCCUCGGCAUGGACGAGGGAGCGCUGCGGAAGCUGUUGGAGGUAACGGUGGACCUGGCUGAGCGGCGCCGCAUCCGCUCGGCCAUCAGGGAGCUUCAGCGGCAGGAGCUGGAGAGGGACGAGGAGGCACUCGCAUCCAAGCGCUUCCGCCCGGAGCGCAGCGGCCACCGGCAGGACGACAAGGAGAACUGGCCGCGGUCCCGGCGCCUGGAGGAGGAGCAGCAGGCAGCCCUGGCCGCCUUGUCCCAGCAGCUUGAAGCCAUCACCGAUGUGGAGGAGCUGACAAAACUGCUGCGGGCGGCGGGUGAGUACGAGGAGCGCAAGCUGAUCCGAGCUGCCAUCCGCAAGCUGCGGGCUGAGGAGAUCGAAGCCGCAGCCCUGGCUGGGAAUGCGCAGAGCAGCCGGAGAGCCAGCAGUGAGCCCUCCGCUGUGCCUGGGGAUGUGAAAAUCAGCCGGAAGGAUGAUGCUGAAACGCCAGCCAUGGCUAGGAAUGAGAAGAGCAGCCAGAGGGACGAUACUGAGCUGCCAGCUCUGGCUGGGAGCAGGGAGAGUCAUGGUGAGGGCAGCGCCGAGCCCCUGGCCACAGCCACGAGCAGGGAGAACAGCCAGCAGGAUGAUGUAAAGCAGCCAGCGCUGGCUAGGCCAGAGGAGAACAGCUGCAGGGGGGCUGCCAAGCAGUCCCCUGCCCAGGAGCCUGAAGGCUCAGCGGCUCAUGAGGAAGACAACACGGUGGAGCAGGAGUGUGUCCCAGCUGGGAUGCAGGAGCUAUGCAGCCAGCAGGCGGGAGACCCCCAGAAACCCAGUGCCCAGGCCGUGGUCUCGGAGACCCUUGUGCUCGUGGAGCUGCAGCCAGCUCCGGAGCCCAGUCCGGAGCCCAGAGAUGAUGGGAAGGAGCUGGAGAGGGACCAGCCAUGUUCCCUGGACACUGCCCAGCCUGAGGGGCAGCCCCAGGCAGCCUGGAAGGAAGGGAGCUUGGGCAGCCCUGCCACUGCCCAGGAGCCUGAUGGAGGUCAAAGCCACCGGGUGGAGCAGCCCCCUCGGGGCCAGCCCAGUGCUGGCAGCCAGGGCAGCCAGCUUGGUGUCAGGGUGUGCAGCCAGUUGUUGGGGCCAGCUGGGAGGCGUGGUGAGCUGCCAGUGGUGGCAGUUCUCACCCAGGAUGUAGCAGGGACCCCGGCUCGCCUGAACACUCACCGGUGGGAGCAAAUGCCGCCUUCCCCACGCCUGGCUGGCCGCACUGAGCUGAGCCCCGCCGGGCCGCCGCCGCGGUCCGGCUCGGUGCGGGAGCGCGCCCAGCGCUUCACCCCGGCGGGGCCGGGGCCGGCCCCCAGCGCGGCGGCGGCGGGCGGCCCGGCGGGGGCGGGCGGCGCGGGGGGGCGGGCCGGGCCCGGCCAAUGGCAGCGGGGGCCCCGCACGGCCCCGCCGGGCCCCGCUCAAAACGCGCGGGGCGGCGGCGGCGGAGGCGCAGAGCAGCGCCCGGUCCCGCUCCCCGCCGGCCCCGGUCCCGGCCCCGGCCUCGACGGCAUGAAGACCUACUUCACCAUCGAGAUCAAGGAUGGGCGCGUGCAGCCCCUGGCGCCCCGCGUCGUGGCCGCCCCCGGCAGCCAGCGGGCAGAGGUGACCCUGGGGCUGCGGAGCACCCCCAUCCGCGUCACCGCUGUCCCUAGCAGCGGCAGCAGUGUCUGCAGCAUCAGCAGCGUCAGCAGCAAUGUCACCAAGAUGGAGCCAGAGGUGGUGGAGCAGCCCCAGGCACCGAGGCUGGAGCCGCAGCUGCCCAACGGCAUGGAGAAGGUCCAAGUGAAGGAGCUGGAGCGAAGGAGCAAGCUGAAUGUCGAGGAGCUGAGCAGGAUUGAGGAUGAGGAUGUUCUGGAUAAGAUGCUGGAUCGGACAACGGACUUUGAGGAGCGGCGACUGAUCCGAAACGCCAUGCGGGAGCUGCGCCAGCGCAAGCGAGACCAGCGGGAGAAAGAGCGGGACCAGCGACUGCAGGAGAUGAGGAGCCAGGCUACAGCAGGGAGGGCUGGCCAUGCCACAGAGACCACCACCACACAGAGCACCCAGUCGGCCGACGGCUCAGCACGCAGCACCGUCACCAAGACUGAGCGUCUCGUCCAGUCUAGUGAUGGCACCAAGACCUCCCGUACCACAACCAUGGAGUCAAGUUACGUGAAGAGAUCAGACAAUGGCAACAGCACAUUUGUUCAAACCAAAUCAUCAUACAGCUCCUCUUCCAAAAAAAUGGGCAGCAUUUUUGACCGUGAAGAUGAGAGUGCCUCCAGACAGAGCAGCCUGGCUGCGCUGGAGCGGCGCCAGGCUGAGAAGAAGAAGGAAUUGAUGAAAGCUCAGAGCCUGCCCAAGACAUCGGCCUCGCAGGCUCGCAAGGCCAUGAUGGAGAAGCUGCAGAAGGAGAGUGGGAGCUCGCCAAACCCCGCAGCAGCACGCACCGCUGUGCAACGCUCCUCCAGCUUUGGUGUGCCCAACGCCAACAGCAUCAAACAGAUGUUGCUGGACUGGUGCAGAGCCAAGACCCGGGGCUAUGAGCACGUGGACAUCCAGAACUUCUCAUCCAGCUGGAGUGAUGGCAUGGCCUUUUGCGCCUUAGUCCACAACUUCUUCCCCGACGCAUUUGACUACAGCCAGCUGACGCCCCAGAACCGCCGCCACAACUUCGAGGUGGCCUUUUCCUCCGCAGAGACGCUGGUGGACUGCGUGCCUCUGGUGGAGGUGGAAGACAUGAUGAUCAUGGGGAAGAAGCCAGACUCCAAGUGUGUCUUCACCUACGUGCAGUCCCUCUACAACCACCUGCGUCGCCACGAGUUGCGCAUGCAGCAGAAAGAGUGCUAGAGCCUGCCCUGCUCGCCACCCCGCUGCCCCCUGCCCUCAGGGCUGCCGGCAGGCAGGGGAGCUGCCUGCCCCAGGAGGGUCUGGGGCGGCCACGGGACCGGCGCUGGGGCUAGGGGCCUCUGCCACCAGGGCAACCCCACGCCUCUGCCUCGCUGGAGCUCCCUCUGCAUCGGCCGGCUGCGGGCUGACCCCGUGGGCAGGGCAAGGCAGGGCCAGGUAGGCGCUGCCAGGGAUGCUCCCCAGCUUGGCUCGCUUCCCGUGCUCCAGUGUGUUAAUUGUUCCCCAGGAGUUUUGUCCUGUGUGCAGCACCCCUGCAUCCCUGGGGAGGCCUGGGCACGGCUGCACGCUCGGACCCAGGGCUGACAUGGGUCAGUGGCCAACCAGGGUUAUGCAGCCCAGCCUAGGUCGUGGUGCAUUCCACAGGCAGGGUGUCCACGAGCAGUUCUUGGCUCCCUGCAAGGAAGCCCCUCCCCUCACCGCAGGCCCUGCUUGGUGCCACCUCACUGGGGGCAGCUCCACAGCCCUGUGCUGACACCCUGCUUCCCACCAGGCACGUGCACCCUGGGGCACUUCCACACUGGGGGGCUGUAGCACCCAUGUGCUGGGGAGUGGGUGAGGAGGCGAGGGGUCCUGGGAGAGCAAGGAGCCCAAGCAAUGAGCUGGGACAGCAGCCCCCGCUUUCCUCCCCAGCCCAGCUCGGGGCACCACCUGCUCAGCACCACUCACCCCUCCAUCACUGUCUCUACACCUGCGUUGACAUGUGUACCAACAUCAGCCAGACAAUAAACGUUUAUUCUAUAGGGUGACA